UAAACUUUGGUAGCAAAAAAGGUGUGCAAACAUUGGACGAAGUAAACAACAUUUCGCAUGUUGUUUACAAAAUGACCAAAGCGAAUAAAACGCCGCAAAAAAACAUUGAAGCACACAUAAAUGCCUCCCUGACACCAGUUCGAUAUCUAGAUAGUCCCUGCCUGCAAUCGCCAACAAGUCACGAUGCAAAUUUGGCCACCUGCAAAUCGAGGCUCGAAACCAUAGUUAAACAACUCCAGGAUAACUACGCAAAAUGGCAACUAGCACAGCAGAGAGGCACCGCAAUUUGCUAUUCCAUUGAGGCUAAAAAGACAAAGUGCUUGGAGAAAAGCCAGGACGAGGGAAGCUCUUCCUAUCCGGAGGAUCUGCUGCUGCCAUGCAACAAGUUGGCUAUAAUAGCUUCGAUUUUCGGCGAUAUAGCCAAUAACGCAAAAGAGAUUCUUCGACAACUUAGGGCUAUUUGUAAGCUCCCAGGGGCUGCGGCGGAUGUAGUAUUCUACAGGACCUGGAAGCUGCCCCAAUUCGUGGCUUUUACGAAAGAACUUUCCGAAAGGUACGAACAAGAAGCCCUGGUCAAAAAGGAAGUGGCAGAAAACAUUGCCCACGCGACCGAAAGAAGCAAACUCAUCGCUUACACAACUUUGUGGGAGUUUCCCGAGAAUGUGGAUUCCUAUGUCCACUUAGGGUUUCUUAUCCUUGCUCAAGAAGUAAACUUAAAGCAAUAAAAAAAGCCAAAAAUUGUUAA